AUGGACGCCGACCUCGACUCCGGCCUCUUCGGCAUCCAGCUCUCCGACUCGGAGGCCAGCGGCGACGACACCACUACCGAGAAAGCACCCGCGCGAGACGCGCAGUCCGAGGAGGCCUUCCUGGAAGUGAAGAAGACCUACCGGGUCAAGGUCGAAGACGGCGAGGUAUGGAAGAAGGUCAAAUUGCCCCUUGGGCCGCAGGUCACGAAGCCCGAGGCGCAGGCGCUGUUGAAUGCGGUCGAGGAGCUGUAUUUAUUCGGGCGGUUUGCCGAGGGUGCUCGGUUUGUGCAGACGGUCUUGCAUGGCGAGGACGGUAAAUCUGGGCUUGAUGACGAUACGAGGAGUACGUUGCGGUAUUAUGAGACCAAGUGUGCCGAGAAAGCUGGGCGUAAUCCAUAA